GGUCAACUUCUGCGCAUGCGCAGAGCCAAGACCACGUGCUCCUUCUCCAAUUCCCAAAAUGCAAGCAGGUCCCAUUUUAGUUCUCAAUCAGUCCACUAAACGUGAGACUGGCAGGAAAGCACAGCUGAGCAAUAUACAGGCAGGGAAGACAAUAGCAGACGUUAUAAGAACAUGUCUUGGACCAAGAGCCAUGCUAAAGAUGUUAAUGGACCCAAUGGGUGGUAUUGUAAUGACUAAUGAUGGCAAUGCUAUACUUCGUGAGAUUCAAGUCCAGAACCCAGCUGCAAAGACAAUGAUUGAAAUAAGCAGAACACAAGAUGAGGAGGUUGGGGACGGUACAACAUCAGUCAUUAUUCUAGCUGGUGAAGUGUUGUCAGUGGCUGAGCCAUUCCUUGCCCAGCAGAUUCAUCCAACUGUUAUUAUCAGUGCAUUUAGACAAGCACUGGAAGAUAUGAUUAAUUAUGCAAAGGAUAAGAUCAGUGUUGAAGUUGAUGUCAGUAAUCGUGAUGAGAUGCUCAAGAUUGUCAAGAGUGCCAUUGGAACUAAAUUCAUACGCAACUGGUCUGACCUGGCCUGUGACAUAGCAAUGAGAGCAGUUCAGACUGUUGUGAUUGAUAAGGGAGACCGGAAAGAGAUUGAUAUUAAAAGAUAUGUCAAAGUAGAGAAGAUACCUGGAGAGAGUACAGAGGAGAGUGAAGUACUCCAAGGUGUUAUGUUCAAUAAAGACGUGACACACCCUAAGAUGAGACGAAGGAUAGAGAACCCAAGGAUUGUACUACUGGACUGUAACCUUGAAUAUAAGAAAGGAGAGAGCCAAACUAAUGUUGAGCUGUCCGGUGAAAUGGAUUUCAAUCGUCUCCUACAACUAGAGGAAGAGUAUAUUGAGAAGAUGUGCAAUGAAAUAAUAGCAGUCAAACCUGACCUUGUCAUCACAGAGAAAGGAGUAUCGGAUCUUGCUCAGCACUACUUGUCAAAGAGCAAUAUCACUGCUAUACGUCGAGUCCGUAAAACCGACAACAACAGAAUAGCAAGAGUCUGUGGGGCGACCAUUGUGAACCGCACGGACGAGCUAAAGGAGGAAGACGUGGGAACUGGUUGUGGUCUGUUCGAAGUGAAGAAGAUUGGGGACGAGUAUUUCACUUACCUGAUCGACUGCAAGAAUCCUCAAGCUUGUACUAUUGUAUUGAGGGGAGCCAGUAAAGACAUUCUUGCUGAGAUGGAGCGUAAUCUUCAAGAUGCUAUGCAGGUGAUCCGUAAUGUUAUUAUUAAUCCUCGUCUUGUUCCUGGGGGUGGAGCCUUUGAGAUGGCACUAGCUCAGAUGGUCAACGAAAAGGCCAAGAGUGUGGCUGGUGUACAGCAAUGGCCUUAUAAAGCAGUUGGUAAAGCACUGGAAGUUAUUCCCUGUACUCUGAUACAGAACUGUGGAGCAAGUACCAUCAGGACUCUAACACAACUAAGAGCAAAGCAGGCAACAAGUGGCGGUCAUACGUGGGGGAUUGAUGGUAACACUGGGAAUAUUGUGGAUAUGAAUGAGCUGGGAGUGUGGGACCCUUUAGCUGUUAAGGAGCAGACACUAAAGACUGCUAUUGAGACUGCAAUCCUGUUGUUACGUAUUGAUGACAUCGUCUCUGGUAGCAAGAAGAGCAAGGAAGAAGGAGGAGGUGGUAUAGCCCCUGAACAAUGAUAGACUUCAACUCAUUGUAUUGUAUUGUGUGGAAGGUGUUUUGUCAGUAGUAAAAAUGUAUUGAUAUCUGAAAAUCAUCUUGACAAAAAAGAUUUUAUACUUGUUAUGAGAUUGAAAA